GUCGCAGCUUGAUGACGUAAUACAGAUUAUAAAAUCUAAAAAAACCAACAGCAAAACAAAAACAUGUUAAUGCAUUACGGAAACCUUCAUAGUGGACAAUUUGAUCGUUGACAGUGAUAAUAGCUAUAAGUUGUCAAAUGUUCUAUCAUCGCCUAAAAAAAACAAAACAAAAACUGAUUCCCAUAAAAGUAAAUAUUGAUGACAUCUCACCCAUUAUUUCAACAAUAAAUGUCUGCUAAGUAACAGUAAUGGAAUUCCUUUGUGUGAUGUUAAGACUUUCAACCAGGAAGUAAAAUUUGAAACCUAAACAUUUAACUAAAUUUUAAAUAUAAUAAUUUUGAAUAUUGAUUUUUAUUGUAAUUAUAUAUUUAUUUUUGUAUUUAUUUGUAUUGUUACUUGCUUAAAUUAGUUAUCUUGUUUUGAUACUAGUUAGUAUUGUUUAGUAUCUGAUUUACACCACCCAACUUCAGAGACACAGUGAGAGGACAAAAGACUGCACUGUUCUCUCAUAAGGCUCAACACAACUGCUCCAGUCACACACAGCUUCAAAACAACAGUGUUCAGAAAGACGUGCUCUGAUUGGUGGAUGAUUGGAAGUGUACAGUUGUCUCCUUAGUGACGGUCAACAGUCCUGAUCUCCAUAGAAACAGUACUAACAGAGAGACUUGGUGUUCCAGCUCUGAAGGACCCUGAAGCAUGUGGAGCUGCGAAAACUCAAUGUAUUCAAAGGACCAAUCAGAACAUUGCUCUCCAGUCACAUGUCUCAGACCCACCUCCUGUCCGUCAUCUCCUCUCAACAGGUCCAGAGUGGUUCCUUCUGUCUCUCAUCUCUCUUCUCUCCAAAACUCAUAUCCAGAUGAGUUUUUCUCUGGAGUUCCAGUCCUUGCCCGAAAUCAACAAGACGGAUUCUACCAUCAGGCAACUGUGGUCCACAAGGUCCAGAGCUGCAGGGGAUUGUGGGUAGUGCAGUUCUAUGGCUCUCGACAGCUCCUCUCUGCUCUUGACAUGGUUCAGUUUGAUCAGAGUCGACUCAAAUGUCUCAGACCUGGAGACACUGUUCUCUGCCCCAUCAGUGUGGACUACAGCUCCCAUCAUGCACUGGGGCCAGGGACCAGACCAGGAUCUGAACCAGGAUUACAGUUUGGACUUGGGUCUGAGCGUUUUGGACCUGGGAGAGUGGUCUCAGUGACAAAGGAGAUCUCAGAUCCUUUGGUUCGUGUCCUCCUCUGGGACAGUCAUGUCUCCAUCUCUCCUCUGUCCUCCCUGUGUCCUCUGCCCCAAAACCUCUUCUACAGAAUCUCACGAGAGCUGUUCCGGGUAGGCUGUCAAUCCUGUGCCUGUUACCAUAGCGACCGCACCACUUGUCCAUCACUCCCCAAAGAGCUGCACCGAGGACAGAGAUGUCCAACCCUCUGUUACAACGGUGACUGCAUCACCUGUCCUUCACCUCCUCCCUGUCUAUGCUGCUGCCUCUGGAACCAGACCAGUGCUAAAACUGGACUAACCUGGUCUGAACCAGGACUAAUCGAGUCUGAACAAGGUAUAAGGUCUGACUCCGGGUUCUGCUCAGACCAGGUCCGGACCAGAGAAGAACAGGAGGAGGAGGAGGAGGAAGAGGAAGAGGAAGAGAAGGAGGGGGGGUCAGAGUUCAAGAGGACACAUCAGAGGAGAGAGCGUCCCCCCUGGAGAUACUGGAGAAGGACAGGACCUGAACCACAACACAAGAAACCAGGAGGUGCUGUGACCAGGAGACCUCCGCAGUUUUCUUAUGUCAUGUUCCCUUCCCCGCAGAGCAGAUCCUCAACCAAUCACAGUGCAGUGUUUCAGCUGCUGGCCAAUCACACGAGAGGAGGUGGACUUUUCAAAUACAGACCACACCCACCACAGAAUCCAGCUAAUCAGAGGCCCCCGUCAGCUGCCUUUCACAGGCCAAGAUCGGUUGUUUAAACGUCUGUAUUGAGUCACAUUUUGUACAGUUAUAGUAUGAGCUUAUAUAAAACGUAACUCAGUCCUAGAGUAAAUACUUCACUGUGAUUGGUUAACUCCACCUGUCACUCAGUAGGUGGGUGUGACUGUGUUUGAGCACAGAGCUGCUUUAUUGCUGCACUGUGUAACUUUUCUGGUGAAGGGUCUGUUACCUGAGCUUGUUUCUAUGGAAAUAGUUGUUUUUAUUGCCAAAAAUACUUACUAAAUACUAGUUACCUGUUUUUCUCCAUGAAGAUUGAAAAGAUUUAUGCCUUACUGUGGAAUACUCUAAGCAAAACAACCAUAUACUGUCCACUCCAUGGAGACAAGCAAGUGAUGGUCAAUACUCCACUAUAGCCUAGUCAUUCAUAAUUUUCAUAACAUAAUUCACACAAAAUGUUGAAAAUAUACUUUUUAUUUAAAAAAAAAA